CCCGCCCCGGAAGGCAGCGCGGGGAUGGUGGUGCUGAGCGCUCCGCGCUGGCUGCGCAGCCGCCUGACCGACCGCUUCUGGAGGGUGCAGGAGGUGCUCAAGUAUGCGCGGCAUUUCCGUGGGAGGAAGAACCGCUGCUACGCGCUGGCCGUGCGGAGCGUUCGCAGGGCUUUCGUGAAGUCCACAAAGGCCAGGAGGGAGAAGAAGAGGUUCCUCAGGGCGCUCUGGAUCACUCGGAUUGAAGCAGCUUCUCUUGAACAUGGCUUGAAAUACCCAGCUUUCAUAAGCAAUCUCUUCAAGUCCCAGGUGGAGCUGAACAGGAAGAUGAUUGCUGAUUUGGCUAUUUAUGAGCCGAAGACGUUCAAGUCGCUGGCUGCCCUAGCUCAGAGGAGGAGGCAGGAGGGCUUCCUGGCUGCCCUGGGCGACGGGAAGGAACCCGAGGGGAUAUUUUCGCGGAUCGUGCACCGCUCCUGACACGCAGAGCCUGCAGCGGGAGCUCGGCUCGGGAAGUUAACCCGCUCGCUGUUGCUGCUGCUGCUGCUGCGGCCUUUGUAGCUGGGGAGGAGGAUCCGCGGGGGGCGGCUGCGGGAGGGGCGGAGGCGCCGGGUGCUCUGAGGGGAACGCGCCGAGGUGGAACCCAAGCGAGGAGUGGGAAGUGGGCGCGUGUGCGCGCGCUCCCUGCUGUGAAUAAAGGCGUUUUUGCCGGGCA